AUAGUAACAAAAUGAAAAAAACUUGUUUGCGUAAGUGUACUUGAGAAUUAAUUCUACUUUUAACAACUAGGGAAGUUGUCUUAUACCGAUUUAACACAGUUUGUACAGGUCUCACGUGCAUUGUCGAUCAGAAGAAAUUCCUAUAUACUAUUGAAGGGAAGGUGGCGUCAGGAAGGUACUGGGAACAGGUUGCAACAUGUGUAAUCUAACAUCCUGAGGACCAAGACCGUUUCCCAGCUGCUCGAUGAGCCACUCUCCGCGAUAUCCGAAACGCUGUCGAUACGUUUCCGCUGCUCGCGGACCAUCUUCGGGUCUGAACUCGAUGCGCAUCGGACUCUGGCCGGUUCUCGCGAAGUGCGCAAAACGCAGAAGACUCGCGACGCCGCUCCUGGUCCAUUCCCGGAGCUGGAAUUGACUCGGCCAGAGUCCCAGGAAACUGGACAGUCGAUUCCCGAGUAAUGUUUCCGGCCACCUGAGAAACGACGACGACGACAAGUCGAAUGUUCUGGCGUUUCUCGUCGACGCUCGAUCGCUGCACCAUGCGCCUGUCUGCAGCCGUGAUAAAAAUCAUUUAAUUUAAUUAAUAGGAGAAAUUGAAACAGUUUAUUAAUUACUUUAAUAAUAAGUUACGAAAUUAAGAGACACACAUACAUCGUCGUUGAACAAAAUAGAACCGUGGAAUGAUUGACAUUUCUCCUCGAGUGAACGAGAAAGUCUUUGAACCGAAUCAAAACUCAUAUUAAUUCUUACGGAUCACUUACCACGCAAAAGGCGAUCGUUAAGAGUACCUUAUCAAUGUACAUGCUCUUAUAUGCGGGUUACACUUACUACGGGAACUUACCGGAAAAUAACGAGCGACGAUCCAAUCCGGCUUUUAUGUUCUCCUUACGUCCUGUUCUUCGUGGUAAAUUCGUGAUUCGAAUCGCGGAUGAUCGCAGAGUAAUCGAUUCACGAUUAACUUAUUGUCAUUCAUGGGACGGCCGGUUUUUCAAACUCUCGUGCGUCGAACACGUUGGACGCGCGAUCAAAGGUUUUUUUACUUUCACUCCCGUACAAUAGACCUUGAGAGCAUUUUCAUAUAAGCAGGCCGAAUUUCUUUAAAGGUACACUGCGCUUCGGGGUGGCAAUACCGUUUCUAAGCGGGAGCGAACAUGGCUCGAAACCGAAUAUUGAUUGUCGCGCUGAUAGCAUUGUUACUUCACAAUGAGAUACUCAUGUCAACCGCAGACCCUCUAGUCUACCAAAUUGUGCGCGAUUUAAUUCAGUAUAACUUAGCGGGUCCAGCUGCAUUCCACGAGACAACACAUUGGAACUUUGACCCAGAGGCUGGAAAACAAAGGAGGAUCCAGUACGAGAAGGAUAAUGGACGUUAUGGAGAAUAUGCAAUAGCUAAAUUGGGAACUAUGGACAUAUGGAAGAAGAGUCGCGAGAAGCUGAAGGAUGAAUCUAGCGAGCAAUCGACGUUCCAGGUGAAGUAAUCAUUGCAUGUAGUACAAAGUUUCCAAGAAACUUUCACCGUGUCACGAUGUCGAGGAAAGAAUUGGGAUGGUAGGGGAAUGAAGAAAUUCAGACUGUGUUCCAAGUGGGAGCCUAAAACGUCGGAUCCAGUCGACGUGAUCGAUAUCAUCUUGUAGUAUCGAGUCGUUAAAUAGUUUAAAUUGUGUUGUUCCAAUAAAAAAAGAAAAACAAACUUUUACUUCGUAC